GUGGGGCUCUUGGUCAGCAGAGAGGGCCUCAGUGGGAUGGCGGUGAUUAGAUGGUCAUUAAGUGGAACUAACGUAGAUGCUAAUGAUGUAACAGCAUUUCAAGGCGCACUGACCUUAGACUCUGGUAAAUAAAUAAAUAAAAUGAUUUAGGUUGCUCAUUUAAAAAAUUAUCCACCUUAAUUACAAAUGAAUAAAUUAAAGCUGCUGAUUUAUUGCACAGUUUAUAAACAAUGGAAAUGAGAAUGUUUUCACUACAUUUUUCUAAGAAAUAAUCAUACAUUUUUUUCUAAAACCCAUUUUAAAAAAUGGGGGGGGGGGAUCAUCAGAUAUUAAUUUUUUAUAUUUUCUCAAUUUUUUUUAAAAAACCCAUUUAAAAAAAGGGGGGGGGGGGGGGAUCAUCAGAUAUUAAUUUUUUAUAUUUUCUCAAGAUUAAAGAGCUAAUAAAUUUUGAAAUUUGAAGAAAUAAUUUCAUAUUUCUUGUUAAAUCAUAGGUAAGUCUGCAGUAAUUCUUAACAUUGGCAUAAAGGCAGAUGAUAUUCCAGAGUUGGCAGAAUAUAUUGUUGUAACUCUUGAUAGCAUUGAACCUUCCGAUAACCAAAGAUUACGCCCAGGCCUGACAAAGAUUACAAUCACAGUGAAUGCUAAUGACAAUCCAGGAGGUACACUACAGUUUUCUCCAAAAAUGAAUCUGACAUACACAGUAAAUGUGAGUUUAAUUAUUUUAACAGUAGUUUCAUAUUUUAGAGCUCAUUUUUAUUUUUUUAUAAAUUUUAAACCUGCUAUUGUUUAAUUAUUUAUUUUAAUAAAAGAUUAUUAUCUUAUUCUGUUCAUUUUGACAUUAUUUAUUUGUGAAAUGAUAAAAGAAAACAUUUGUUUUUCAUUAAUUUCAGGAGGGGGUAGAUGUUAUUGAUGUGAUUGUUGAACGAACAGGUGGUGACUUAGAAGAGAAAUCUGUACAAUAUUCAAUUAACCCUAAUGGUACAUCUCAGUUCUUUGGUGCAACAAAUGUUCUGGUCUUAGGCCCCGGUAAGAGAGAAUUAUCUUCAAAAAUUCUACCAAAAAGAGAUGGCAUUCCAGAGGUAGGCUAUCGGCAAAACUUCAUCUUUUGUGUAUAAUGAAGAUUUAUUAAGUUUAAUUGAAUGUGGCAUUGUAUGCCCUGGGUUUACAAAAACAGAGCGCUCACCACCCAACAUUAUCAUGGAAUUGAGCUAGAGGUUAGGUUACCCCACCGCUUAAAAUACUUAGAUAUUAGGAAAGCAUUUUUGUCCUUUUGUGUAAGUUCAAUCAUUUAUUUAUUGGUAACCUUAUGGUAUAAAUUAUAAAUUGUUGGAAAGUAGAUUUUAUUCUCUAUACCUUAGUCUAUUUGCAAGCCUACAUCUUUAGAGGGUAUUGUAAUAUUAAGUAAUGAUGGUAGUUUUCACAUUCAUCCAUGGGAGGGACCCCAUGCAUUUAAAAUAUCUCAAAGAUGAUUUAACUUACAAAAAUAUACAAGUGUAUCUUAGUAAACCAAGACAAAGUGUGAACAGAAACAUAUAAGUCUUCAAGGUUUUGAUCCGUGAUUUUGACUUUUAUUUGGGUUGGAGUCUCUGGGGAUUGUCAGUUUAUUACUUGAAAUCUACCAGAAGUCAAGUAAUAGACCAUACUGUUAAUGUGUUAUGUACACAAGAAUGGGCUUUUGGCAUUCAAAGAUUUAAUCAUAACCCUAAAGGGCGCCAUUGUUCACUGGCCCAUUUGGAAGCUUUAUAUUGUCCUUUUUCUUACCAUUUUUUUUAGGGUUUUUCUUCAGCUGCUAUUUCUUGUAAUGUUUACUUAUGAUUUACUUCUACCACUCUCAUUUAUACAACACUCUAAAAAUCAAUAAAAGCUAAAGACCCCAAGACCUGCAUUUCCUUGAGUUUAUACCAAAUAUAUAUAUUUAUAUACACACAUACAUUUAAAACUGUCAGCUAUAUCUCCAUACCACUCCUUUACAUGAAAAAAAUAUAAAGGUUAGUCUUCAUGAUUUCGUGUGGGUCUGUUCAGUGAUAAAAGCAGUUUUUUGUUAUGUAUUUACUCCUAUAAUUCAUUGUUUUAAUAAGCCUAUAAAAAUAUAGUUAACUUAAGAAUGCUUUGUUUGAGCCAACAUGUUUUAUCUGAAUUAAAUAAAGCUUUAUAAAAGACAAACAAACCCUUAUCAAAUUGUAUUUUCUUUUUAAGACUUUCUGAAUUAAUUUUAUUCCUUUAAGUUAAUUGAGACAUUUUAUUCUGCUCAGUUAAAAUAUAAAAUGUAUUCUGUCUAGUUAAAAGAGAAAUUUUUCUGUCCAGUUAACACACAUUUCAUUCUGUCCAGUUAACAGAUACAUUUUAUUCUGUAUAGUUAACAGAGGCAUUUUAUUAUAUCUAGUUAACUGAGACGUAUCAGCUUGUUCUGACUUCUGCUGGGUCCCCAGUUGUGAUUGGAGAAAGAAAUGUCAUUAACAUAACUGUUCUGGAAAAUGAUAACGCUUAUGGAGUGAUUCAGUUUGCAAUUAAUCCCUCAACAAUAUACACAAGUAAAUAUUUUUGUAAAUAAAUAAUAAGCUGCAAAAAUUUUUAAUAUUUCUAUUUGAACUUGAUGAAAUUAGUUUUGUUUACCAAGCAAUUUUACAUAGGGAGGUUUUUAGUAUAAAUUUGAACUCUUCCCAAUUAAAAACAGGAUGUUAUAAGCUGUAACUUUAAUAUUUAUAUUAAAAGAUUACAUGAACUGUCCUUAAAUUCCUUGACAACAAAAUUGUAAUAAAAAACUUUGUAUAUCUUCAAAUGUAGCCUAUUAUCUUUGUUGAUAACAAAGCAAUGGUCUAUUUUAUUUAUGUAGAUAGUCAUUAGUUUCAUUUGUUCUAUAGUUUCUUUCUAAUACAGCGGUUAAAACUUUAAAAAAUUGCUAUUAUAAAUGUUUCCACAAAAAUUAUAUUAAUGGAAAACUAACUCAAUUCUUUCAAGGGGAAGGGCUGGCAGGCUCAUUAACCAAUGUGACCUUACGAUUAUAUUAAUGGAAAACUAACUCAAUUCUUUCAAGGUGAAGGACUGGCAGGCUCAUUAACCAAUGUGACCUUACCUGUCAAGCGAGAAUUUGGGACAUUUAAUAGAAUAUCUGUUCCCUGGAGAGUCACACCCAGUCCUCAAGAUGACUUGAUACCUCCUUCUGGAGUUCUUGUCUUUGAGCCAGGGCAAUCUAUACAGUAUUUAGUGCUGACUGUUGUGAAUGAUGAUGUAAGUAGAACUAUUUAUAGCUCUGUCACAGAGCCAGCACUAAACAGCUUCACUUCACAAUAUCCAGAAAACCUAAUUUCAUUUUUAAUUAAUUUGCAAUUUAUAGUUGAUUAAAAUUUAAAACUGUUCAAUGUUGAUUAUCAUUUUAAACUUGAAUUUAAUUUGAACAAUUUUCUUUCUUUGAAAAAAAUAAAUAAAUUACACAACACAUCUUUUAAAAUUUAAGAAUUUUUUUAUGAUUAAAAUUUGAAAAAAAUAUUGUUGAAGAAUCUUGAGAAUGGUGCAUAUCACCUUCUGCUUUAUGCCAUAAAUAACUUAUCUUUACUUCUCAUAUAUUUUUUAAAUGACAUCAAUUUAUUCAGAUUCAGAAGUUAUUAGUUAAGGUAUGCUUUUUAAAAUCAGUAUUUCUUUGACAAUUACAUUAUUUUUUUCAAACAUAGAUUCCAGAAAUAGAUGAAACGUAUGUAGCUCAGUUGUACAGUCCAGAUAAUGGAGCUGCUGCUGGCACAAAUAUGGUGGUCACCAUUGUAAUUCAAGAGAAUGACAAUCCUGUGGAAUUUACUCGUAAUGAAAUACAAAUAAUUAGCCACUUCUUUUCACCCUAUGUUCUUUUAGAAUAAAAUUAUUAAAACACCAUAGAUGUAUUAGUUAAUUAACUAAAAUUGAUUUUAAUUGUAAUGUUAGGUAAAAAUGGUAAAAGAAACUAUCCAUAUGUUUUAUGGAACUGGUGCAAACGUGGGAAACUAUGUCCUUGCCAUUUAAUAGAUGCUAGCAAUACUAUGUUGGUCUGCACCCAUUUAGUUUAUUAGAUUAAUACUUUUAAAUAACGUUUUAGUUAAAAUUAUGCAAAAUAAAAAGUUCCAAUUAUAUAUUGAAUUGAAUAGAGUAAAUUAUAUUUUUUAAAAAUUUUCAGUUUCUGAUGAUUAUUUUUAUUUCAUGACUCUCACUUGAAAGAUUCAAAUAUGUGCCAAUAAAAAACAUUCGUGAAAUAAUCCCAUUUUUUUUUUUUUAAGUUGCUUCAUUUUUUUUGCAGAGACACUUUGGUAUGUUACUGAGCCACAAAUCCUCAACUUGACUUUAGUCAGGCAAGGCGGAAUUAACAAGGAGGCUCGUGUCCGCUGUCGCACUUUAGAUGGGUCAGCUUCUUCCAUUGAAGGAGAUUAUAUCCAGAUUCCAUUGACUGAUGUAAUAUUUGCUGUAGGGGAAAGGCAAAAGACUGUGCAAGUUGUCAUACUGGAUGACAGUAUUCCAGAGCAAAAUGAAACCUUAACUGUGCAGUUAUCUGAUGUAGCAGGUAAGAAUAUUUCACUAGAUAGGCUUUAGAAAGAAAAAUAUCAAUGUAAUUGAUUUGCACUUUUUCCCUUUUAAAAACAAAAUUGUUAAAGAUAACUCUUUCAAAUAAGCAAUAUUUUUAUAUGAUUGGAAUUAAUUAAUUUAUCUUCAGGGGACAUGAUAGUGACAAGGAACUCGACAGCAACAAUUGUAAUCCUAGCAAAUGAUGAUGCUUACGGAAUUUUUAACUUUUCUCAGCCAACAGAUGGGAAAGUAGAAGAAGGCAGCACUGUUUUCUUUGAGUAUGUUUUGAAAAUUAACCAAAUUACAAUAUGUUUGAAUUAUUGAAUUUUAGGUUAACAGGAGAAAUAGUUGUCUCUUUAAGUUCAAUUUUAUACAUAAAGUGUAGGGAAAGUUUUUUAAAAUAGUACUGUCUAGUUUCAUAUUAUAGACACUAAGUCUGAUGACUCAAGAGCUUACUAUGCAACAGACUUUGAUUUGCCUUUAAAUUAUCACCCAAUUACCAAAGUUUAUAUCUUUGGCCCCUUAAACUGAGUUUAUAUGCUGCUAAAAUAUUUGCAAUAAAUAGUAUUUAACAUUUGAAUUAAUCCACACAAAUUGUCAUGGGAUGCACUAUAAUGCUAUAAUUUAUUUCUAUUGGUAUAUUUAUGAAUAGCAUCUUAAGGUCUCGUGGCAACUUUGAAUCUGUGCGUGUUUUCUGGGAACUAAGGAGCCAGGUCAAUGUUUUACUGGUGCCAGGUGUAGACUUUGCUAACACCAGUGGCUUUGUAGACUUCUCAUCCAAUGAGAACCAUAAACUUUUGGGCAUCACGCCAUUAGCUGAUGGAAUCCCUGAACCUGCAGAACAAUUUUUAUUGACACUGACUCAAAUUGUUGGUGAGUGGUAUAAUAAAAAUUCAGAAUCUAAAAGUUAUUUACUUGCUGAAUCUAAGAUAAAAUUCUUCCUCUACGUAGCUCUAUUAUUUUUUUUUGUUUUUUCCAAAAGUGUGCAGAGAAAAGAUUAUUCUGAAUAAAUGUAUGCUUAAAAACUAUAAAAUAUAAUAAAUGAGGAAGACUAUUUAUUGUCUUGUCUUUAUAUUUUUAGCUUGCACAUACCUUCUUGCACUAUUUUCUCAAAAACUAUUGUAACAAAAGACAUUUUCAUUCCAUUUACAUAUGUUUUUAUAGUACUCACAGGAAUGGCUGAUGGAAACUUGGCAUCACUUGGGAGAUCAGGUUUUGUAGCAACAGUCAGGGUAGCCACAAGUGAUGACCCAUUUGGCAGGAUGGCUUUUGCAGCCACAUCAAGAGAUUUACAAGUUGCUGAAGACUUUGAUCCUGGAAAUGAAUUCACUACAACGGCAAAUUUUGUUAUAGAAAGAAGGCAGGGAACCCAAAACCAAGUGAAAGUAAAUUUUUAGAACCAACCAUUUAUAAUUUAAAUAAACGAAUUGUUGAAGUUAACACCCAUUGAAUAGUUAGAAAAUAAACAAUAAAAUGAGGUAUGCACAUUUUUAAAGUUAUUAUAUUUUUAUCUUUUUAGGUCCUGUGGGAGGUUUUCUCUGCCCAACUAGGGGGCAAUAUUCCCACCGUGUAUGAUCUACUGUUCAGCGGUCAAUGGCCUAUUAACCUAGAGCAGGCACCAUCACAGGUACAAAGGAGCUUCACAGCUACACAAGUUGCAUAUAUGUCUGGAGGUUCAGGUAACAUUGGAGAGUAAUUUUCUUUAAAUACUCUUAGCAUUAGAAUAAAAAGAAGCAACCAUGUUACUUAAAGUAUAUUUUUCUUUUAUUGUUUACUCAAAAAUAAAAUUAUGAAACUUUCUUUUAGGUAGUUUUGUCACAGUCUCAGCAGACGAUGAGCCACCAUUAAAGGACUUGUCAUAUGAUUUUUCCUUGUCUGCCUGGGUUCAGCCUAUUGGAAAUACUGAUGGAUACAUAGUCGCACGUUGUACAAGUGAUGGCAAUACUCAUUAUUAUAGCCUCCAAUUGAUUGUUACUGCAUCCAUGACAACUAUACAGUUUAGAAUUUCAACUAGGCUUCAGGUGAUUGGCUAUUAGUUUUUCAUUUCAUAAUAAGUUUGGAAUAAUCAGCUAAUAUAUAAAUAUAAAUAUAAAUAUAUAGAUAUAUAUAUAUAUAUAUAUAUAUAUAUAUAUAUAUCUUUAGUACUGAUUAUAUAUGUUUCUGCUUUUCCUUUUAGUUUAACCAGCUUCUUAGUGCUGAUGUACCUCUUGUUUUUUAAUUUCAACUAGGCUUCAGGUGAUUGGCUAUUAGUUUUUCAUUUCAUAAUAAGUUUGGAAUAAUCAGCUAAUAUAUAUAUAUAAAUAUAAAUAUAUAGAUAUAUAUAUAUAUAUAUAUAUAUAUAUAUAUAUAUCUUUAGUACUGAUUAUAUAUGGUUCUGCUUUUCCUUUUAGGUUAACCAGCUUCUUAGUGCUGAUGUACCUCUUGUUAUUAGUGAUGGAAAGUGGCAUCAUAUACUUGUCGCAGUUUGGAAUAUUACAGUAAAAUUUUAUUUGGAUGGAAAACCUGUUGGUUCAAGGUAAGUCUAAAUAUUUUUUUUAGAUAUAGAGGUACUUUUUAAAAUAAUGACAAAAUAAGAAAUUAAAGAAAUUUAAAUAAUAAGCCAUUCAGUUAUUGAUUAUUAGUUGUAACGAUAGUUAUCUUUAUGUUAAUAUAGUUUUUAACGGAUAACCCUUGUGUUUUAAUUUGAAUGGCACUUUGUACAGUUUAUUUAGAUGAUGCAAUAGUGAUGUGUACUUUAUUUCUGAAGUCCAAUAGUUGAUUCAGAGCAACUAGAGGGUCCUGGUAUUCUGCUAGUUGGUGCUAAACCACCCAAUACUGAAUUGUUUUUGGGUUACCUACAAGAUGUUAGAGUUUUCCUGAGGGCCUUUGAUGACAGGUAAGAAUUAUACUGUAUGAAUUUUAUAAAGCCUUCAAACCCCUAGUGCAUGAUUUCCUCAUCAACAUCAGUAACAGAAACAUUGCAAAUCCCAUCUACAUGCAUAGGAGCCAAAAUGAUCAAUAAAUUGAUCGUGGGCCCUUAAGAUAUAGAAGAAGAAGAAUUAUUAGAAUUGAUUAUUUUUUUAAACACUAAUUUUAAAAAAAAUUCAGUAAUGUUAACAAAAACAUUAAAAUGUAAUGAAUUUUUUAAUAAGGUAUUUAUUACUAUUUUUAAAAAAUGUUCUUUUCUAUCAUGUAAAAUGCUAAUUGUAUCAUAAUGGGCCUAUGCAUAGUGGUUAAGGCUGAAGAAAGUAACUGCAUUUCAUUGUUUCAAUUCAAGUGCUGUGAAAGAACUCUACUCUAUGAUUCCUACUCAAGACAUCAGACCUGUUUCUGGAAUACUUAUUUACAACACAGGAGAAAGGAGCCAAAAUUUCACAAUAUCAUCUAUACAAGAUAUAGAAGAAGAGGGGCAAGAAGUGUUUCUAGUUCUACUUCUAGACACUUUUGGAGGAGCCACAUUAUCUUCUACUGAUGCUCGUACCACUUUAACAGGUGUGUUUAAAUCUUAAACCUAAAGCAUAGUAACAGGUCAUAAAUAAAAUUAAAAAUUGAGACUAGUAUUUACUUCAGUGUUAGUUGAUUGAACAAUUUGGCAAGUUCUGCUUAUCAUUUAGCUUAAAGAAUUACAGCUUUGAAAACCCAAGUAACCAACCACCUAGGUAUACUUUUGGGAUUUUUCUUGUUGUGCCAAAGUUGAUGUGUUCAACCCAGAAAUUGUUUUUAUCUCUAGUCAUGAAAAGUGACAACGCUAAUGGACUGUUUGGGUUUGCUGGAGACUGCAGUCCCUCUAGAAUUUUGUUUGAAAACUCCACUGUUACCUGCACUGUACAACGUCUUCGAGGGGAUGAUGGCUCCGUCACUGUAUCCUGGACUGUCACUCAAAGGCAGAGCCAAAGUUUGCAGCAAGCCUCUGAAGAUUUUGAAAAUAGCAAUGGAUCAGUUGUGUUUUUACGUGGUGAAAGGAAUAAGGUAUGAAAUGUAUUUGUUGUCUUCUUUUAUUUUUCAUAUGGAAAGUAAAGUGAUUCUCCUGAUUCAUAUGGAAUCUAUCUUUAUUGUUGCGUGGGAAAACAUUGCUUUAUCUAUGUUAUUUUUGCACAACAAAAUUUUAAAAAUAUUAUUUACUAAUUUCUUAAACUUUAAAAAAUGUUAUUUAUUUAGGCAAAUUUGCUGCAUAAAUUGAUAUCUUUCAAAAAUAAAUUUGUUUUUAAAAAAAUUAAACAUUUCUUCACAGACAUUUGAAUUACGAGUGAGAGAUGACAAUAUUCCAGAACUAGAUGAAGCAUUUGAGGUCCGUCUAACAUCUGUAGUAUCUGAUGAUGGCAAGAUUGGAUCUACCAAUACCAGUGGUGCCUCCAUAGAUAGCACAAGACAAAGUUCACAGUUGUUACUAAUAGAGAAUGAUUACCCAUAUGGCUACUUACAGUUUUCAGACCAGCUAGGGGUCAUUCCACCACAAGAUAUUAUAAUAGCUCCCACCACAAAACUAAUACAGGUGAUCUUUUCAAUCUAUUUCUUUAUUUACAAAAAAAAUUAUUCUGUGCACGUUCUAAUUAAAAUAUUUUUUUAAAAUAUUAACUCACAUUUUUUUUAAAAUUCAUUAGAUCCAUAAAGGAAUAAUUUUUGUAUUUCAAACUAAAAAAUAACAUUAAAUAAGUCUUAACCAUUUAUUGGACAGUCCUGACAAGUAAAUAUUAAAGCAAAUUCAGAAAAUCACACUACUUACAUUCAACAACUUAGCUACAAAUAUAAUAUCAAUGAGCUGCGGUGAAAAUUUCUUUUCAUCAUCUGUUAAAUCAAUUUAUAUUAUUAGCUCAAUGUAAGUGAAGAGGGUGGUCUGGUUCCACUGAUUGUUCAGCGGGCACAGGGCACUGUUGGAACCAUAAGAACUGAUUGGAGAACCAAAGAUGUCACUGCAUUUAGUGAAGGAAAAUCUCCCCCAGAUUAUGUGGUGAGUUGUAUGUUAAUGAGGAAAUUGGUAAACACUCUUGCAAACUGCAAACAAUGAUUAUGUCCUCCAAGAAAGUUUAGUUAAAAGCUUUGAACCAUAGUCUUUACAUUUCUAAAGUUUGUCUUAAUAUUGAUUGACUUUUAAAAUAAUUUUGAAUGUUUCAUUUUGAUAAAGUUAAACAAUCAGAUUCAGGUGAAAGGAUAAAAUUUAUAAAAUAGUUCAUAAUUUGAAACAAAAAGUGAAUAUUAUUAAAUUUACUUUACUAUUGAUCAAAUUUCCAAUAAUCUUUUGAAUUCUUUUAGCAAACAAUACAUUUAUUUAAUGUUGUCUAAAUUUAAUUUAUUAUUUGAAUAAAAAAAACUACUUUAAAUAUUAUGUUGACACUCUUUAAAUUUGUCCUUAACAGCUCCAGGUAAGAUAUUUUGGCACAAAUCAUUACAUCAAUUUAAAUCUUUGAAAAUUUUUAUUUUUUUACAACUAUUGAUUUAUUUUACUGAUGGCAAGUGGGUUGAGUAUUUUAACUUAAAUGAUUCAGUUAAAUAACUAAGACUUGAUAAUGAGACUUUGCAGUGCUUUAAUCCUAUUAAUGAUUUUCCUAUUUGCAAAUAAAUUGAAUUUACCUAAAAAAGCAUGGCAUACUAAAAUCCUCUAUUAUGUUUAAAGAUAUAGGUUUAUUUGACCUUAUAUAAGAAAUACGCUUGCAUUUCAUCUAUAAUAUAUAUCAGGAUCAUUUUGAAAUACUAUUUCUUACAAUAAGCAUGCUGCUUUGAAUUUAUUUGUGGGGCAAAAAAGGAAUUAAUUUUUUUUCCACAAUUCUUUGCUGUAUGAGAUUUGCCCUCCCCCCCCCCCAAUCAUACUGGGGAAGAAAGAAAAAAAGGUGAUUGGAUGAUCAAUUUGGUGUCGGGAAUUUUAAUGAGUAGCAGCCUAUUCGUUACCGCUGAGCAAAAUAAUUAUAUAAAAUAAUAGCUGAAACAAAGCAAAAAAAAUUUCAAAACAUUAUUUUUUAAAUUUUAUUUUUGGUCUAUGGUUAAAUGAAUGAAUCCUUAGCUGCAAAGCAGUUCAUUUUUUUAAAAUAAAAAACAAUCAAAUACUUUUAAUGUAUUUUUAUAUAUUCUUGCAUUAAAAAAAUAUUUAAUUGCUUUUAAAUAAUUUAUGUGUAUCAUUGAUCUACAGGGAGGAGUAGGAAAUAUUCUUUUGGGGCCAGGACAAAAUUAUGCUUGGGUUAAUAUAACAGUGAAGGACAACUCAAUACCUGAAGGAGAAAAACAAUUUGAAGUGGAACUUUUCAGCCCCACAGGAGGUGCAGUUCUUAGUCCAGGAUCCAAUAAAGUUGUUGUGACAAUAGAAGCAUCUGAUGGAGCAUUUGGGAUUUUUCAAUUUGCAGACACUUCACUCAAUGUGCAGGCCACAGAAGCUGAGGAUGAUGCAUUUAACACUGUCAGGCUAGGGGUGAGUGUCCCUGAAAGAAUGUCAGUAGUAAAAAAGAAUCCCCUUCAUAAGGUAUGUAUUGUUCAAUUCAGUUUCUGUAUCUCAAUACUAAUAAUUUUCCAUGUGGAUUAUAUUUACAAGGUUGUACGGCUGGGUGGAACAAUAGGAACAUCAAGAGUGUUAUGGGAAGUUGAUGAGGACAAGAGUGAUGGACAAGACAUAAUCAAUCAGGAAGGGAAUUUGACUUUCCUGCCAGGUCAAACCUCACAGUUUAUUGAACUUCAAGUUAGAGGCGAUAAAAUUCCAGAACUAGAUGAGAUUAUUCGUGUGAAAUUGGUCUCAGUCCUUCAGGUAAUUUAAAUAAACAGUUGUCAUAAUUUAAACUUGAACUGUAAAAUUUAUCAUGUUAAAAAAUUACUACCAAGCUAACUAACCUUCAGUAUUACCUGCGGUGUGGGAAUCCAUCACCUGAUAUCAAGCGCAGGCUAAAUAGACUUAUCAAGAUAGCUAGUAAUAUCAAAUCAACUAAACAUCCUUCACAUGAAGAACUAUUUUAAAGAAAAAUGCUGUUGAAAACUUAUACAUUUUUGGAUGAUACAUCAGACUAACUUCAUCACAGAUACCUGAGAUCAGCUUGAUCAAGGUGAAUUCUUUCUCUUAAAGUAGGACCAACAUAUUUAAAAAUUCUUUUGUUCCCCAGUCUGUCAGAAUUUAGCAGUAUACUACCCAAAUCUAAAUCUGAUCACGAAUUAUGUCAUUAUUGUCACUAAGGGAGUUAAGUUUUAUGGCAAAUGAUGGCUGAUUUUUACCCUAGAAUAAUCCUUUAAAUGUCCUGUGUUUAAAUUACUUUGGUUGUAAAGUGUUAUUUUGGUUAAAAUAUGUAUUUACUACGUGUUGAAAUUGAAUAUGUACAAUGCAAUAAAAACCAUUUCCAUUUAUUUGGAUCAAUAGAAGGAUCUUAUCUUAUCUUUACAAAAUUUAAUAUGCAGUAAGUUUUGAAAGAAUUUGUUUGAUACUUAAAAGCUUAUUAUUAGAUUAUUACUUUUAUUUUAAUAUAUUUUUAUUUUAUUCUUUUAUCAUUGUUCAUAACCUUCUAAAUGUUCGUACACUUUCUGACAUCAAGAGCCAUUCAAAUCAAUGGAACAACCCCAUUGAAUGCAGAGCCUGUCAAAAUGUAAACAAAAUUUUUAUUGUAAUUUUGUAAUUGCAUGAUUCUACCAACAUACAUAUGUAGAUUUAGCCUUAUAAUUAAAUAUUUCAUGAAUCCUUUCAAAGGGAAAUAUUGGUGACCCAUUAAGAACAACAGCCACUGUGACCAUAGCAGCAAAUAAUGACCCAUAUGGGAGAUUUAUCAUAAUGCCAUCCUUCAGGCCUAUCAGAGUGGCAGAAAUUGAACAAGGUUAGAAACUUUGCUUACUUUAUGAAGGAUAAAAUCCUAAAUACAUAAUAUAUAAGCUUUAUGUUAGUUGAAAUUUAAGAAAAUCAGAAAACAAAUUACUAGAAGAGAUUGCUGUUCUGUGAUUGAUAUUAUAUAGCACAGCCAAUUAUCAAGUCAUGAUUAUGUAUUUUAAAAAUCAAAUUCUGAAUUCCGUAUGAUGUAAUAAUAUUUUCUUCUUUUUCUGUGGUUCCCAGAUAUUAAUAUAACAGUCCAAAGAUUGGGGGGUCAAUUCGGUAUUGUGCAAGUCGAUUUUCUCUCUUUGACACCUAAUGAAUCUUAUGAUUUCAUGCCUGGGCCAGUGAACCGGGCAAGCUUGAAUGAUUUUAACUCAACGCAGGGCACCCUAAGCUUUGGCAUCAAUCAGGAAGUUGCUCAGUUUAAAGUUCAUAUAAUAGAUGACCUGAUACCUGAAGAAGAUGAGAGCAUAUUUGUGAGAAUUACAUCAACUAGACUAAUACAAGCAGCUCAACUAAAUCCUGGUAUGUUCACAUUAACAAAGUAAUCAUAAAUGUUAAGCUUUGAUUUAAAAUGUAACUGCUUACGAUCAGGCCCCUUUUCAUCUUUUUAAAAUUAUCUAGUUCCAUCCUCACCACGUCUUGGCCAAAGCUCAGAAACGUACGGACAGAUCAUUAUCUCUGCCAAUGAUGAUGCUAAUGGUCGACUGCAGUUAUCUCAGCCAAAUAUAUCUGUGGAAGAAUCGCAACCUAUUGUCAAUGUUAGUGUUGUCAGAACUGGUGGAAACUUUGGAGAAGUAAGUUUUACUUGCAAGCUUUCUAAAGUAACUAGUGAAUUUUAAAAUGGUAGCAUUUUUUGUUGUUUAUUUAGAGACAAUAUUAGCUCAUUGUAACAUUCAUGAGGAUAUAAACAUCUUUGUCCUAUAAACUUGUGUUAUAUUAGCUCUUAAUUAUUCGAUUAAUGAAAAUGUAUUCUGUGAAAUAUUUCCACAGGUUUCAGUUAAAUUCCGUGUCAUUGAUGGUACGGCUCUGUUAGACUUGGAUUAUAUAGUGCUAUCUAGAACAGUGAUACUUCCAUCCGGGGAGGCUAACAAAAGAGUUGCAAUAGAAAUUAUUGAUGACAGAGUUCCAGAAUUAUCUGAAUAUUUCACUAUUGAACUAACUGAUGACGUGACAGGGGGUGCUGUAGUUGGAGCUGUGAGGUCUACCACUGUGACCAUUCUUCCUUCUGAUGAUCCUAAUGGAGUCUUUAGUAUGUGUUUAUCAACAUCUUUAAAUUUUCAUUUUUUUUUUUUUAAACUAGGAAAUCAAUGCUCCUUUAAUGAGAAUAGCUAACAUUUCAAUGACAUAGCAAGUGGAUCUAAGCAACUGCAUUUAAAUUGUUAGUUUAGAAAACAUAGCAAACAAUUAUAUUCUGUUAAUAUGUAAUAAAAUAUCAUUUUUUUAAAUACUGACUGAAGUGUGUGUGUGUCUACCUUCGACAUUUUUCAUAGACAUAUUUAAGUCAUUAUUGAUUUCAGCUUGCUUGUAAAUCAGAGACAUUCAUUCAUUCCUCCAGCAUUUGUAGCUCAAGGUCAAACUGUUGUAGAACUUGACCAACCAAACACAGUUAAUAUAACUGUAGUCAGAACAGGGGGCACAAUGGAUACUGUGACUUUGACAUGGGAAGCAACUCUUAAUGGUAAGGUGAAAUUAUCAUCUAUUUUCAUCAGAGAAAUUUUUAAAAUUCAUUUUUGUCAUAGCUAUUUAAGAAAAAACAACUUUUGCCCAUAGCUAGUUGUUAUAUGAUGAAUUAACAUGUUUAUUUAUAGGUCUGCCAGCAUCUGAUGAUAUUUUCCCUUCAUCUGGCUCAUUGUUCUUUGUCACUAAUGAAAUGUCUCGCCUCAUUAGCAUAACUGUCCUGCCUGAUGACAUCUCAGAAGGGACUGAGGUAAAUUUCAAAUGCAUUGUUGCUAACAGUCUUUUAAGUAGAGUAAAGUUUAGAAAGGAAAUAGACUACCAAAGUAAAGAAACAAAUUAUAUAUAUAUAUAUAUAUAUACACACAGUGGAAUCUCUCAUAACGAGCAUAAUUCAUUCCAGAAUCUUACUGGUUAAGCGAAACACUCGUUAAACGAAACAAUUUUUCCCAUACAAAUCAAUGUAAAAUACGAUAAUGCGUUCCAUGCUGAAAAAAAUUAAAUUCUCAUUUUUCAAAAAAUUUCAUUAACAUUUAUUCAAAUAAAAUUACUAAUGAAUUGUUAAGGACUGUAUCAGCUUGGAAUACAAUUUAGAUUUGAAACAAAAACGUAAAUAAAAAUAUGAAUUUAUGACAAAUAAUUAAUCCUUUUUAACUAGAAAUUGCCUAAAGACAUUUGUUUUUAUCGACACUUAAAAAUGUGAUGAAAAGGUGUCAGAGCAUUAUCAUUGAAUAAAUGUGUAGCACGAAUAGCCACCUCCUUAUUAGGGUGAUGCUUCUCAAUGUACGAUGCAACAGUUAAUGUUGACCGAGUGUAUGUGCGUGCUAGAUUAGCCAUGCUCACACCUUGUUCUCGCUUUUCAAUGAUUUAUGAUUUUACGUUUCAUUUCAACAGUUAUUUUUUCUCUCUUAUGAUCGUCUUCUUGUGUUUUUUCUUCGAAGUCAUUUUAGCACAGGUUAUUACACUUUGCACAUAAAAAAAUUACGAAUACUGUCUGAAUACAAAAUUUGUAAAAACUGGUGAUCACACACGAAAACAAUACACUAACAGACCGAGUGUUAAAUACAGACUAAUGCAUCGGCGCGGAAGUCCCGCCUCACAAUUGAAUGUCGGGAAAAAGGGACUUCCCCUUUCUGCCCAACUCGUUAUGGCAAAUGUCGCUCAUUAAGGGAGCAAAUUCUUCGCAUUUUUUUUGCUCGUUAUGCAAAUUACUCGUUAUGAGAGGUUCCACUGUAUAUAUAUAUGUGUGUAUAUAUAUAUAUAUAUAUAUAUAUAUAUAUAUUAUAUUAUAUGUAUAUAUAAAGCAAAGAUUUAAAAAAAAAAAAAAAUUGAUAAAGAAGAUAAUGACUCCAAUUGGCUCCAAUGGUCUAUCUUUGCUGUGAUUAAGUUCCUAAUAUUCAAAAUGUAUUUGUUUAUUUAACUUUACCUGUGAAAACUACUAAAAAUUCAACUGUUAAACAAGUAUCUGAAACAGCAUGAUGGUCUUCAAGCCUGAUUAGUGAUGCCAAACACAAUUUAUGUAUUUCAGAAUAUUCAAAUUCGACUGAAAAAUGUAACCAAUGGAGGAAGAAUAGGGGAUCAGAACAUGUUCAUACUGAGUAUUCCACCUAAUGACAGCCCACUUGGCACAGUUCAGUUAGCCUCUAAUUUAUCUUUAGUACCAGAAGAUCCAGCAGAAGGGCCACAGACAGCUCAAGUUAUAAGAAGGUUAGAACUGUUCUAACUGCAUUUUAAGAAAUUAAAAGUGAAUUCUUAACUUUGUUGCAGACUGUUAGUAUCAAACUCUUUUUAACACAAUCUUUAUGUGUAAAACCUUUCAUUAGUACUACUAACAGUUUGUGCCUUUUUUUACCUGCUUUAAAUAAAUUUACAUGCAAAAUUUAAACAAACUAUGUCCUAUAAAUUGUUUUAAUGAAAUGAAAUUUUUAAAAAUUUAAAUAGAAGUCUAUUUCAAAAAAAAAAAAAUUAAAAAAAAUAAAAUAAAUGUGUAUCUAAAUUUAAAAAAAAAUAUUUUUUGUUAAAUUAAAUUUGUUUUCAUCUCCUCAGUGGUGGUGUGUUUGGUAGCCUCAGAGUCUAUUAUUCCACAGCAGUUAUGCCAGUGGUGGAUCUCAACACUUUAAAUGGUGGAACAGUCUUUGGCUUAUUCUUAGCUCCUCAAAGUGGAAGGUUAUCUCAGUCUGGCACUGAAGUCAAUGUUUCUGAGUCUGUUGAUCCCUUGAAGGUAUCUUAACAUUACAUAACAAUAAUUUUAAAUAUGUUUAAAAAAUGUUUUGUACCCUUUCUAGCAUAGAAAGUAUCCUAUAUUAGUUUAUUUUAAUGUAUGAUUUGCAAAAUUCUCAAGUAUAUUAUUUGUUAUUUAACAAUGAAUAGUGCAUUUAGUUAAUUCAGCAACAGUUUAAUGUUUUUGUUGAACCCACCAGUCUCUUUUUGAUAAAUUAGGUAUAUUUGAAAAUGUAACUCUCUCUAACAGCAGUUUAGAGUAAAAACAAUAAAUUUGUGUUAUUCUUCUUCAAUAUUACCCAGGUUUGUGCUACUGCUUGUGCACUUGAAUCAUCUUGUCUCAGUUUCCAGUACCAGCAAACACUUGUCAACACAACAUGCAUGUGGUAUACAACAAGCUUUACAACACUGCAGCUGCUUCAAGGAACAAAUUUUAGUUAUUUUGAAAAGGAUUCAAACAAGGUAGUGGAAAACUUACUUAAGUUAAAGUUUCAACAUACUUUUUUAUCACUUAAAAUAUGGGCAAACAGUAAAUAUUUUGAAUCAAAUAUUGAUUUUAAAUUUUAUUUUGACUUUUUUUUACUAUACUAAACUAACCUGCUGCUUCAUAGCUCACUCCAAAAUGAGUUAAGCCAGGCUGCAAAGUGGCUCACAAAAAAAAAACAAUUUCCGUUAUGCCAUAUCUGAGGCAUAAUACAAGGCUUGUUUCUCUGACGUUACACAACUGAGAGUAAUAGGGGAAUGAACUUCCUUAUUGGUUGUAGCUGAUAUAUUUAUUGUCCUUGGUCAACACAAAUUCAAUUUAAUAAAAUUAUAUAACCUGAAAAUGUGUUUCUAAUAUGUAUUCUAGGUAUCCCAGCUUAUGAUGAAUCUAGCAAAAUCUGGUGAUGAUUUUAGUGUGGUCAAUCGAAUGUCAAUAUUGAUGCAGGAGGGCCAGGCAUCAGCCUCAAUUCCUCUUACAAUUGUGAAUGACAACAUUCCUGAAUUGGAUGAGCAGUUUUACUUGCAGUUGGUGGAUGUUCAGGCUGUAAAUGGGAGCUCCAGUCAGUCAGAUGCUCCUUUGUUGGGUCAGCUGAAACAAGCCAGAAUAGUGAUCACCACCAAUGACAAUGCUUUUGGUGUUUUUAGUAUUAGCAAUCCAUCAGAUCCCAACAACAGAAUAGUGCAAGUUCAGGAGAUUGACAAAUUGGCAGUUGAUUUAGUUGUGGAAAGACAAGGUAGGCCAAUUUGACAAAUGAAAUUUUGUUUGAUGAAUUUCCCCACUUUCUUCUUAAUGUCAUAAAAAUAAAUGGUUAAUCUAUUUAAUUUUUAAUUUGCUGUAGUUUAUUUAUUAGCCACUAUGAGAUUUAAAAAAAAAAACAAUUCUUAGAAGAAAGUUGAAUGUGUUAAUGACAAUGAAAUGUGCACGUGAGAGCAAGUUAUGAAAAUGUUUUUUUACCAUACCUUUCCUCAAUUUCUUGCACCUAUAAUAAACAAUAACUUUGUUCAAUUUUUAUGUUCAAAAUAUCAUUUGGUUCUCUUGUAAUCAUUUCAAUUGUUGUGCAUCAAAGGGGGAAGCAUUGGAGCUGUAUCAGUAGAGUGGAGUGUGAGUACCAUCAACCGAACAGCAACAUAUGGCCAGGAUUAUAUAGCUGAUGGAGCAACACUUUUGUUUGCUGUGGAACAGACUAGAAGAGGUAUUCUUUUUAAUAGAUAACAAAUUUUAUUUAGAAAAUUAAAAGAAAGAAGAAAAUAAUUUGCUUAAGACCGACUAUAAAGUUUCUAUAAUGGCUUUUUUAUAUUGGAAGUCCGUGUGUUAAGACAUUAUUUUAACUCAGAUCAAUCUUUUCACAUAAAAAAAAAACUAGAUGUAAGGCUACUUAAAAGAUGUAAUUAGACACACACAAGAUAACAUAUUUUUUUAAAUUGAAGUAUUUCAAGAUAUACAAAUGAACAUUAAUAUAAUAAUAAUAACUCAAAUCCUGUCCACAGUUAUAAGUAUAACUAUUCUUGAUGACAACAUACCAGAAGACAAUGAAGAACUAACUAUUGUCUUGGGAAAUGCUAAAGGUGGUGCAACUAUCAGCAAUAUGAACUCAAUAAAAAUAGUAAUUCUGGCAAAUGACAACGUUGCUGGAGUUUUAUCUUUUGAAAAAACUUCAGUUCUCGUCAAUAAAGGU